CGACAGUUUGAAUAAACUUUAUUGUCCCUGGCUGUCUCUUCGGUAACGAGUGAAACAUGGGUGCUCGGGUUGCGCGUAUGUUCAGAAACUUCAACCUGGAGAACCGCGUUCACCGAGAAAUCUCCAAAGAGAAGCCGCGAGCAGCGCCGCGACACGACACCGGCCUGCCGCAGCCCUCCUCCUCCACUGACGCGGAGGCGGUGAACCAGAAGAACGACCCUCUACUGGCCCUCCUGAAGUCCGUCUAUGUGGAGUCCACAGACCCGGACCCAGCAGCAGCAGAGGCGUCAAAGGAUGUGACCGUGGGUAAAUAUGCGGAGCGGCGGCCGCUGAAGUACAGUCUACCGGGCAACCCUUACGGCAUGGUGGAGCUCACAGAUGUUCCCAAAGGCAAGCUGACCAUCGCCGAGACGCUGAAGGCCCUGAGCAGCCACCAGCGUCAGCCUGAGACGUGGACGCCGGGAAAGAUCGCUCAGGAAUAUUGUCUGGACCCGAAGGACACGAGAGCUCUUCUAGAGUUCUUCAUCCCCUUCCAGGUUCAGAUCAUACCGCCCAAGACUGAAAAGGCCAAGCAGAUAAAGGCCUCUUAGGACUGGAUGGACUGGAGGUGAAUGGUAGACAAUAGACAAAUAUAUGACCUGUAUGACUUAUUUAUGUGCAUCAAUAUAUUGCAUUAGGAGAGCGAGCUGAAGGGAACUGAUGAUAAGGCAGAAAAAGGCAGGAAAAGUUCCACAUUUUGGGAAAUUGGCUCAUGAGAGUGAGAUGAGAACGAAAUGUCAUUUCUGUGUGUAUGUAACCAUGGACAUGGUUAGCCAAGCUUAGCAUAUAGACUGGAAGGAAACAAAUAGUUCCUCAAACAAAAGAGAUACCAUGUUAAUUAGUGAGCUUUAAAGGUGUCGGGUUUUUUUUUUUUUUUUUUUUUUUUUUACUUUGGACUGAACCAGGCUAGCUGUUUCCCCCCGCUUCCAGUCUUUAUGCUAAGCUAAGCUAACCAUGUCCUAACUCCAGCUCUAUACUCGUUGUGCUCGUCACAGCUCUCUCCAAGCAAUAAUGGUGUAAGAGACUGUAGACUAUAUAGAAUGCAUAUGUGUCCAGCGAAAACAGUAUUUUGCACAAUAUAAUACAAACCCAUUUAUUUCAAUAUGGUGAGUAUAAUAUUCUUUUGUUUGAUGCCGUUAACGUCAGCAUACUGUUUAUCAGUCUUUUGUUUAAGGAGGGUUGUCAAAUCACUGAUCCGAUCCAUUCUAAUAUUUGGCACGUAUGUGAGUGCACGUCUGUGAGCAUAAAAAACAGAGCGCCUGACGCUUACAACGCAUAUAACAGCAUCCAGCAGUCCUGCAGUGACGUCUUUCUACAGGCUCACAUAGACGAUAUUGUUACUCCGCUGUGGGCUCCAGUGGCAGAUUUCUGAGCGACAUUCUGGAAAAAGAAAGAAUAUAAGGUUGUUAGAGCCUGAUUACUUGUACACUAUGGACUCCAGUAACUAGUAGGCAAACAGGAACCUGACCCGCCUGAUGGGUUUGUUUCACAGAACCAUCUGAGACUUGACAGGUGAUUGGAUGAACCAUCUGUCAGUCAAACUCUUGCAGAAGCCAGUCGGGAGAAGAGCGAAAGCAUCUUUUUACAUCUAGAAAAAGCCUUCAGUGCCGUUCUUUUGCUCUUCUUUCAAUGAAGAAAUACUCUCCAGUUCUGAUGGAACUGAUGCUAUUCCAGCUUCUACACUAACCUCCUCAGGAGCCGAACCAUUGUUGUUUAGAACCAACAGCUGCCUCUCUGUAUCAUCACACACACCUAAACCACGCCAGUAGCUACGAUUCUAUUAUUUGGCCCCCCUGACAGAAGCUGAAAAUGUCACUUUCGUAGUUUACAUCAGACUUUUUACACGAUUAGUCGCAAAACUACCAAAGAAAAACAGUGUUACAAGUAAGAAAUUGAAGCACAGAAAAGUGUUCACAGCAGACAUUUGACUUGUCAUAGCAGGAAAAGCACAGGUGUUAAAAUAACAUUAACGAUGGCUGAGGUGUUUUAAAGUGUCCCAGUAAGCCGUGACAGCAAACCAGCGUGAACAAUAAAAGGACGCUGAAACUGAAGCAGCAUCAUUCAUUAUAUUAUUUACACCUGUUGCUUUUCCUGCCGUCAUGUGUGUCAACAUGUUCCUAACAUCCUGUUUAUGUUUCAGUAAAAAAAAAUGGGUAAUACAUCUUCAAGUGAUUUUGUUAACUGUGAUAUCAAAGGUUAAUAUCAGCCUUGGAAAUCCAUUGGGUGGUAAAAAUGAAUUUGUUUUUAACCUUAAUUUCUGUAGAACAAAUGUAAAGUGUUUUAAAGCUGAGCCUAUUUUUGAUGAAAUCUGUCAAAAUGAGAGUCCAUGGCUCAUACAGUAUUCCUCCAGUGUUCCAGCUGAAAGGUGAUCUCACAGGGAAACACACACACAGCUUUCAUCAAAGAGUUUAUGAUGAUUCAUGUUUUUACUUUGAAUUUAAACAUCAUUUUCUUUCAACUAUUUGGGAGCCAAACAGCUGACAGAAAGAGAACCGUAUCAGUGGAGUCGUGUUGUUUCACUGGCUGGUGAUGUGCUGUUUUAAUGCCAGUAAUGUGGCAGUUGGGGGAAUGGAUUUAUUAAUAUGGUUUCUAGUAGCAACCAGCGCUGGAAUAUAGCCAGAGCUACUAAUGAAGUUAAUGUGUCUCAACAGCUGUGAAGUAUACCUGUGGAAGAAUGAACUUGGAACCAGCAUCAAUCUGCUGCAAAUACGCACACUUUUUUGGAAAUAAAAUAUUCUUUGUUAUUUAUGUUAUUUGAUGUUUCAUCCUUGUGAAUUAGACAUAUGUUUCAAUCUUCACUCAUUGGAGUCAACCAAGUGCCACUUAUGUCUGCUCUGUAACCAUCAGUGUUGUGUUGAAAUCCUAUUAAAACCACACAGCAAAUGAAAUGUUGAUAACACAGAGCUGACUUUUGCAA